AUGAAAUCUGUUACACGGCCCAGCAGUCAGACAAAAACGAUCUCGUCUACUCCUAUCACAGCGGGAUCUGCUAAACAUGUUGAUAUAAUUGAGGAUGGGCCGACCGUUUUUAUGGAAAUUAACAAAUUGCAGGAUCAUGGAAUCAACGUUUUAGACAUUAUCAAACUUAAAAAUAGUGGUUAUUGCACCGUGCUAUCUGUCAUCCAAACUACCAAAAGAGAAUUGGCAAUGGUCAAAGGACUCUCCGAAAUUAAAGUGGAUAAAAUUGUAGAGGCUGCCCUAAAGAUUGAAAUGUGUAAUUCGUUCAUUACGGGAAUACAGUUACAACAGCGUAGAACCAAAGUGCUCAAAUUAACUACUGGUAGUAGUGUGUUAGAUCAGGCUUUGGGAGGUGGAAUUGAAACUAUGGCCAUAACAGAAUUGUUUGGUGAGAAUCGGACUGGUAAAACCCAACUAUGUCACACCUUAUGUGUCACGGCUCAGCUCCCUUCUUCAAUGAACGGGGGUAACGGGAAAGUCUGUUUUAUAGACACCGAAGGCACGUUUAGACCGGAGAAGAUUAUAAGAAUUGGGGGUCGCUAUAACAUGGAUUCCGAAAUCGUUCUAGAGAACAUUUUAUACGCUCGUGCAUUUACGCAUGAACACAUAAUAACGUUACUUUCAACAGCUGCAUCAAAGAUGUGUGAAGAUAACUUUUCAUUGCUCAUAAUCGAUUCCAUUAUGUCCUUAUUCAGAGUUGAUUUUGCUGGAAGGGGCGAAUUGGCUGAGAGGCAGCAGAAACUCAAUAAAUUACUUUCAGGGUUAUCUAAACUUGGGGAACAAUUUAAUAUUGCCAUUUUGUUGACUAAUCAUGUAAUUUCAGAACCCAGCGGAGCAAUGUCAUUUGUGUCAAAUCCCAUCAAACCAGCCGGGGGACAUGUACUGGGCCACGCAUCAACAUUUAGGUUGGCCUUAAGGAAAGGAAAGGGGGAUCAGAGGAUAUGCAAAAUUUACGAUUCCCCCAGUUUACCAGAAGUUGAAUGUAUUUUUCAACUGACUGACAGUGGCGUUGCAGAUGCACUAGAUUAA